AUGCUCAAGAAUCAAGAUGCAUAUAGAAUCAAACAUAGCACUGAAUCAGCACUUUUACAUCUUACUGACAGUUGCCUUGACAACAUGGAGAAUGGUAUGCUUACUGGUGCUGCUUUGUUGGACUUUUCAGCUGCUUUCGACCUGAUUGAUCAUAAUUUGCUGCUUCUGAAAUUGAAAUGUUAUAACUUUUCAGAUAAUGCGAUUAACUGGAUCAAGUCAUAUUUAAGUGGGAGAACCUCAACCGUAUAUAUCAAUGGUGCUUUUUCUAAUCCGAUCGAGAUGACUUGUGGGAUGCCACAGGGUAGUUGUCUUGGCCCACUGCUCUUCAGUUUGUUUGUUAAUGAUUUACCAACAGUCUUAACUACAGCUGAUAUCACCUUGUACGCUGAUGAUAGCACUCCGUUCCAAUCUGGACACAACGCCAGACUCAUAUCAGAUAACCUUCAACUCGACUUAUCUAAAGUUGAAUUAUGGGUCUCGAAGAAUCGUCUUGUUCUUAAUACUGAUAAAACAAAUAGUAUCCUUAUUGGAAGUCGGCAGAAGAUUAAAUCAGCUCCAUCGCUUAACUUAUCCAUUAAAUAUAAAAUCAUUGAACAACUUCCAUGUGUAAAACUCCUUGGCGUCCAGGUUGACGAGAACUUAAGUUGGAAGCAGCAUUGUGAAGAUCUACUUAAAGAUUGUUCCAAAGCUCUUGGCUUACUGUUCAAGUUCUGCAGAUAUAUUCCAUCAAAAGUUUUAAAGAUUAUCGCUGAGGCACUCAUACUGUCAAAAUUGAACUAUUGUUGUACG